AUGUCGUCAAUUCAAAACAACGACAUGAAAACGAUUGGAUCUACUGAACCUGAUUACACUUCAAGCUCAUAUCCAUCUACAUCUUCUCUUGGUCGCACGAUGUCUUUCGGUUCGGAGAGAACAAUAAAUUCGGAAGACACUCUCUUCAACAUUCCGUCUUUGAGAACUGAUACACUGCAUUCGCUAUCUGGAAGAAACAGUCGAUCUUCGAGUGAACCACCAUCGAAACGACGGAAACUGGAAGCGGAUUGGGAAGAAAGUAAAGGGGAGAUCACUAUUGCCCAGCUCAAAGAAAUGGAAACAAGAGGAACUCUUCUUCGACCAAUCUACGGAGACAAGUUGAGUGAACUGAAAAAUGUGCCAGUCGAGAAUAUGUUCGAUAUUCGAAAUGCUUCUCUUCCUGCAAUCAUCGUUUCCAACACGGAUACUGAGUUGACACGAGCAAUCAUACUUGAGGGGUGUCAUCGAAUCUCGACAGUUCUCGAUCUCGAUUGCAGUUCGAAUGGAUACUCGAAUUUCCGGAUUGACAUCAUAAUGUAUGAAGUCGAAGAGGGAGUGUUUACGAAGGCAUGGGCACAAUGCUUACCGUUGAAGUUCUCGGAAUCCUUCAAAUCGGAAUCAUCUGUUUCCUCUCGGGUAGAAUUGGAUUCGAUACCAACAGUCAUACUGAAUAUUGGAAUGCAGAUUCACUCGAAUAAAGAAUUCAGGACAAAAGGCGUCUUCAACACUCACGAUUCUGCUUUCUUUACAUUCAAAUUUCUGGAAAGGACGACGAGUGACGCAGAACUGACAAAAAUGCGAACGCAUCCUCAAGAAAGAGGAACUUUCUGGAAUCGAUUGGUGAAAGAAGGACGUGUUCUUGCAUCUGGGAAUUCACAACUCCCAACCCUUCGUACUGAUGGUUCAUUUCCAACUGGAAAUCGGAUCUUCGUGAUUGCAAUGAAGGCCAGUUGCAAAGAUGAUGACGGAACAGCUCAACUUCUGAUUGAUCAUUCAUCGAAAUUAUCUGCUCAGAAACUCCACAACUCACUUCAACUGAUUCUGGAAAAGGCCGCUGGAAAUGUGGAUAAAGAGAAAAGUGAAGAAUCGGAUUUCGUGAUCCAUGAAAAGAUAGAGGAGAUCGAUUCAUCUUCUAUUUGCUUUUUCUUUGCAAGAUUACCGACAGAGGAGAUACCACUGAUGAUUGAAAAGAGUCUAAACAUCAUUGUUGCCGAGCCAUCAGGCGAAACUAUUCACCAGAUGUCAAAAUGGCCGGUUGAACAGAAAACGACCGCCAUUCUAAACAACGUGAUCUACGGUGGAGAAGGGCAGCCGCGCUCAUGUCUAUUGGUAGGGGAGAGACUUCUUCCACGUGGAUCGAGACAUUUAGCACCAAUGUCGUCACGUAAGCUCUCCAAUUUUGUAUCUAAAUGGUUUCCGGGACAAAGUGAUGGUGAGAUUCAUACAGUGCGAGGAUUUUUGACUGUCCCCGAGUGA